GGGCGCGGCUCGGCAGCCCCGGCCCGCCCCCGGCCCCGCCCGCCCGCCUUGGCGCCCUGCGGCGGGAGCAGCGUGGCCGCGCCAGCAUGAGCGGCCCCCAGCCCGGCCAGCAGCGGAACGGUUUCAGCAGUGAAGCAUCCUGCAAAAAAAGAGAGGAUUAUUUGGAAUGGCCUGAAUAUUUUAUGGCAGUAGCUUUUCUGUCAGCACAAAGAAGCAAGGAUCCAAGCUCUCAGGUUGGUGCCUGCAUUGUAAAUUCAGAAAACAAGAUUGUUGGAAUUGGCUACAAUGGGAUGCCUAAUGGUUGCAGCGAUGAUGUACUACCCUGGACAAGAACAGGAGCAAAUAGACUAGACACAAAAUAUCCUUAUGUGUGCCAUGCCGAAUUGAAUGCCAUCAUGAACAAAAACUCAGCUGAUGUGAAAGGCUGCAGCAUGUAUGUUGCCUUAUUUCCAUGUAAUGAAUGUGCAAAGCUCAUCAUCCAGGCAGGCAUAAAGGAAGUUAUUUUCAUGUCUGACAAGUAUCAUGACACUACAGAAAUGACAGCUGCACGGCGGAUGUUUGAUUUGGCAGGUAUUAUAUACAGGGAAUUCAAGCCAAAGUGUAAUAAGAUCAUCAUCGACUUUGAUUCAAUUAACAGCAGACCAAGUCAAAAGCUCCUGUGAAUUAUGUCUCAUUAAGUCUUUAGAAGAGUGUGAUUAUCCUGUUCUAAAAAGCUGCUAAGGCCUUUCAUCUUGAAGUUACUUGCAACUUUUUAAUGGUUUCUGUAGCUAAAGUAGACUUAUAAGAAAUCCAAGGCAUAAAAUGUCCCGCUCACUUCAUCUUGUCAUGUGGAAUCUAAAUCUACUUAAAAUUUUUUAUGCCUUUAUCAAAAUUGCUUAAAAAAUGGAGACACGUAGAUGAAACAAAAUAAGAAAACUGUUCUGGUUCCUCCUGUAUUCAUCACCACAUGCUCUGAUGGGCUGUCAGCAUAGAUUUAGCCUCAGUUUAACAGCAAUACUUGUAACCACUAGUACGGUAGAAUAUGCUAAUAUAUGUUGAUCUCUCUGUUGGAUAUGUGGAUCUUAAGAGUUGAUCCUAAUAAAGAACAAAAAAUGUUAUCCGUGCAAAUGCUAAUCUUCCAACUAGCAUAACACUAAUAUUUAAAAAGCUUUUACAGCUUUAGGAAUGUGUGGCAUUCUGCUUGUUACCCAACAAAUGAAAUGCUGACUUUUCUUUUAGUUGCCAUCUGACAUUGCCAUACUUGGGGAGGGUUGAGAGAGGAAGCUGUUCCGAGAAUUCUCCAUGCCUAAGUGAGCUUUACGAGUGCUUUCAAAUCCUUGUUUUUCCCAAGACUCCAGAACUGAAGGAGCUUGAGGGAGUAAAUAAUUUGGCACUUUACCUCUGGGACUUUUACACUGAGUUUGUUUUCAUGUGUAAAAGAAAAUCAUUUUAUUGGUCUAAGCUGUUCCUAGAUAAUCCAACAUAGCUCAGUCCUUAACUCCACCUGUAAGGUAAUUCAAUCAUUUUUUGUCCUUUGAGAGAAAUUGGAGAUAUUCAACCCAUAUUCAUGUCUGUGCCAAAAGAUGUAAUUAUGGUGUUAGCUUGUUUCCCAGUGCUGACAUAGUACCUCCAUUUUCAUAAAUGUUGCCUAAAAUAAUAUCCUUUUUAAUUUUAUCUUGAGAUCUGGGAAUAGAUUUGAGUUCCUUUUCUCUAAUUUGAUUUUUAAAAAUUAAAUAUGCCUAAUGGCUUUGUUUAGAUAACAUUGGUGGUUGUUUGUUUUGUUGGGGGUUUUGUUUGUUUGUUUUUUAAUGUGGUUAUACUUCAAUGAGCUUUUAUUUUCUCUACAAAAGCUUUGUUUCAUAUUUUGGGACAUUAUGUAAUUUGGCUUCGUACCAGUAUUAUUAAAGUCUUAUUAAAAUCCA